GUGAAGUGGGUGAGUGAGCAGUGAAACUUUUGUUGUGUUACGAUUUAGUUGUUCAACGGAUAAGAGACCAAACAACAGUGUCCUCUUCAGUGGGAUAUGAUAUUUUUGGUACACGUAACUCUCUAGAAAACAUAAGAUGAUACUUCUAUAUUUGUUGUCACUUUUCGUAUUCGUCAAAGCCGACUGGGACCCAGUAACGUUCUUUUCCCAAGAGCAAACCUACGACAACCCUGUAUCAAAUGGAUACGCCCCAGAAACACUGCAGGGUUCUAACGACCAGUGUGGACUCUUCAAAGUGUCCUUCACCCAAGACUAUUACGAACAGUACAUAGAAUACAAAGCUGACAUUCCAAACCUUAAAGAGUUCACCCUUUGUUACUGGGUUAAGUUCUAUAACCAUAGUAAUGACCACCCCAUUUUUUCGUACGGAGAUGAGAAACACCCACGUGAAAUUUUUGCCUGGGUCUCCAACACUGAUGAGUCGAGCUUCUUCAGCAUGUCAGUCAAAGGACAAACGUUCUUCAGGCUGAACUACCCCCUGAAAGUCAGGAGGUGGUACCACGUUUGCCAGAGCUGGAACGGCAAAACUGGCGAAUGGCAAAUUUGGGUGAACGCCGAACGUGUGGGACGUGGUUUUCACAACAGGCUUGUGGGGUACACUAUCCCCAGAGGAGGAACGGCCGUGUCUGGGCAAGAAAUCGUGAAGAACGAGAACAAAGAUUCCGUCGGCCUCCAAGGUGAACUGACAAUGCUUCAGUUGUACAGUGUGGCCUUAACCGCCGGCAAGGCCCACAAAGACCACAAACAUCAUCACGCCCACAAAUUUGACCACAACGGGGUGCCCAUCACUACUCCACCUCCAACUACUCCGAACCCCAGGCCCACUUUACCCACGCACCCCCUUUUGACGUCCGGACAACUUAACCCGUCCAUCAGGUUGAACAUUGCUGGUCCACAACAGCAAGCUCAGCCCCAAAUUGUGCCGGGACAAAACUUUAACGCCCAAUAUUUGAAUGGGCAAUUCGUUGGUAAUUUGGUGUCGAGGCAAUUUUUGGCUGCCCAACAACAACAGCAGCAACAAGUCAUCCAACAACAGCAGCAGCAGCAACAGCAAGGGUUGUUCCAGACGUUGCCUGAGCAAAGCUACGUUGAUGCCAACCUCCCAAACACCGGCUCAUUCUCCAAACAAACCCUCACCAUUGGCAACACCCAACUUCUGUCCAGCGGUGUGGAACAUCCAGCAGGUCAAGUACAGUUCAUCCAAGAACCACAACGACUGUUCAAGAGGUCCAACACCGAAUCCAAGACUAAGAGCAAGAGGGAGUUGUACCUGACAGGCGCCUCUUUGAUCGGCGAAGACGCAAACUUCGGAGGUUUGGCUACGAUUGGCGAAAACCAACCGGUACUAAACUUGCAGCAGCAAAACGACGAACGUGAACCGGCCGAGGCCGAAUCCAAGGCGGUGAUGAACGUCUGCACCGGAUGCGACGAGGAACCAUUCGAAAAGGCUUUGGUCUUCGGUUGGAGGACCGUCACGAAGAAGUUGUACGGAGCCACGUACGCCCCCGCGAUAUCCCAAUGCAAAGUCUUCUAAGUGUCCAAAGUUCCGACUGGUUAUAAAUAGUAGUUUAGAAAUAACUCAACCAAUGAACAAUUACUUAAGUAUUAGAUGCAGUUUGUACGUGCUCUGUAUAGGUUAAGAUUUGCCAUUUCAAGUACAAGUUUUCUUGAUGUUCUUAAUGCCCGUAAAUGUGUUUUUGUGAGGAGAUGUGAUUUUAUGG